CAAAGUUCACAUAUAUCUUUUGAUAUUUAGAAGAAGUCAACGAUAAAACAAAACAAAACAAAAACAGAGGUGAAACACUUGUGGAGAAAACAUUGUCUCCAUGUCUGAAAAUCCAUUGCAGCUUCUGUUCAAGACAUACGAGAAAGUAUCGAGAUGUAUACAAACCCAACUUGCUCAAUUCAUAGGUGUAGUCCCAAAUGUUCAUUCAUCUCAUAAUAAUAAUGACAAUGAUCACCACUCCUUGUCUUUGCUCUCUUCUUCAUCUUCUUCCAAGAAUCAACUUGCUUCAGCUAUGCUGCUUCAGCAUUCUGAAUUACCCAAGAAGGAGAAAAGUUCUGGCCCAGUGACUAAAGAAGAGCUUGGAAGAGCUACUUGGAUUUUUCUUCAUACACUUGGAGCUCAGUAUCCGGACAAGCCAACCAGACAACAAAGGAAGGAUGUGAAAGAACUGAUGGCAAUAUUAUCUCGCAUGUACCCUUGCAGCGAAUGUGCAGAUCACUUCAAAGAAGUUCUAAGAGCAAAUCCUGUACAAGCUGGAUCUCAAGCUGAAUUUUCACAAUGGUUAUGUCACGUGCACAAUGUUGUCAAUAGAAGUUUGAGCAAGCCUAAAUUUCCAUGUGACCGAGUUGAUGCUCGGUGGGGCAAGCUUGACUGUGAGCAGCGCGCAUGUGAUUUGCAAGGGACUGACAAGUUUUGGUUUUGACACAUAUUGAAGCUCUUAUAUUAGGAACAUGACAUACAAGAAAAGAUGAUCCCAUAUUCUGUUGCAUCAUUGAAACCUCCAAUCCAAGGGAACAAGAUACAUAUUUUUGACUUUGAGAGCACUCAGUAUUUCUACAUUGGUGAAAACUUGAUGUGGCAACCCUUUACAAGGUGAAGCCUCUGUUCCCAGAGAAAUGUAAAAUUUCAUUUCUGCAUUGCAAAAUGGCAUCUGUAUCUAUAUUCUUGAGUGCUGGUUAUAAAUCUUUGAAAACCUGGGAGACACUCAAGUAGUGUUGAUGUUUCAAUUUUUCCUUUCAGCACUAAGUUGCUUAUCGAUGUAAUUAUGGCAAUCAUGCCUAUUUUUAUGACAAAGAUGAAUAAAUAUCCAGAAGGUAUUCCUGCAAAA